CCCACAAUAAUAUCUCGAACAAGACGAACGCGAUCUCAGAUUUAUUCGCGUCCGCUCAAUCACCCGAAGAUCAAUACCAAGAACUCCGAGCCAUCCGAAAAAGGGAGAUAUUAUGCCUGGAAAAACCCUCGUGGUCCUCGGUUCGGGCCCGGGCAUCGGCGUGUCCAUCGCAUCGGCCUUCGCGGUCCGAGGCUUCACCCACGUCGCGCUGAUAUCGCGCGACGCGCAACGGCUCUCCCAGGACGAAGACAGCGUGCUCUCCGCCAUCCAAGAGAGGGGCUACACCUGCCAGGUGAAGACCUGGAGCUGCGAUCUGACGGAUUUCCAAGCUCUGCGGAAAGUUUUAGGUGAGGUGGAAGCGUUUGGCAGCUUGGAAUGCGUGCUGUUCAAUGCGGCGAGGGUGGGCGGGAAGCCGCCUUUGGAGGAAGGCACGGAGGAGAUGGAGAGGGAUUUUAGACUGACCAACCUCGCGCUCUACGAAACCUUCAAAUGGGCCCUUCCCAAACUGCAACAAUCGAACAACAACAACAACCACGAGAAUUCCUCUCCCUCCUUCUUCGUGACGUCCACCACGCAACUCUACAAGGAACCCGUCCCGGAACUCGUCUCGCUCUCUAUGGUGAAGAGCGCCCAACGCGCCUUGGUCCUAUCCCUGCACGCCAAGUACGGAGAGGAAAUCCACGUGGCGCUGCUCAGCGUGGGAGGGGUGGUGGCGCCGGAGAAGAGGAAUACCAGCCCCGAGGCGAUCGCGCAGCGGGCGUGGGAGUUGUACAAGCAGCCGCGGGGGCAGUGGGAGAGGGAGGAGGAGAUUCAUGAAUAGAGAAGAAAAGACCCUUUUCUUCUUUUCUUUUCGUUCUUCUUCCUGUCGAUGUCGUGCCAAUGCCUCUCCCUCUUUGUCGUUGCCGCCAGCUUGUAGGGUU